AUGAACACAACGCAGGUUGCCCAAUAUGAAAGCGAAUCGUCGGAUGAAGAAACUCAGGAAAAACAUACGAAUGUUAUCGGAAAAGCCAAGAGAAGACGAGAGUCGAAGUUUUGGAUUGAAGAAGCUACUUAUAAUCAUUCCAGUGAAGUGGAAGCAUUGAUCAAAGAUGACUGGUCGAAACACUAUGUGAACUAUACUGAACGCGGCCGAAAAGUAUAUUAUCGAUGUAACAAGAAGAAGCGUCGUGGUCCUCAAUGUCCAGCUAAUAUGUGUUUGUUGUAUCACGCCGACACUGAUCAAGUUACUUGCUAUAAAACCGAGAAUGGUCACGCACAUGAUGGUGAUGAAAUUCGCGGUGUUAGUGGAAAAGUUAAACAGGUCGUUGUUGAAUUAUACAGUGAUGGUGUGACGAAGCCCAAGCAAAUAAUGCGAGCUUUAGAGGCGAGGAAAAUGAAGACACCAACGUACGGGCAACUGAAUAGUUACCUUGUUCAUUUGAGAAAGAAGAAAUAUGGCUCACAUCAAAUAAGUCUUGGUGAAUUGGAACAAUGGUGUCAAGCAAAUGAAAGUAUUCCAACCAAUGAAGAUACAGCUUUUGUUGUAUCAUACGAGAUAAAAUACGAUGACGAAGAUGACGAAGACGACGAGGAUGUUGAAGAUUAUCAAGGUAGUCGAUUUCGUAUAUUCAUUUCUUCUCUUCGCCUGCUCAAUAUUACGUUGUUAUCGUCACAUAUCAAUGCGGAUGCUACGUAUAAAUUAGUUUGGCAAGGCUUUCCUGUACUUGUAGUUGGCACAACCGAUCUGAAGAAAUCAUUUCACCCGUUCGGAUUAUCAAUAUGUUCAAAUGAAAAAACGAAAGACUUCGAGUUUAUUUUCAAAAGCAUUCAGCUUGGAUUGGUUAAUACUAACAAAGGUCUAUUCAAACCAACAGCAUUGGUCUCUGAUGCUGCAGAUGCAAUUAAGAACGGUUUUAGAAAGGUGUUUGACCAUCCUUAUGACGAAAUAAUGUGUUGGGCGCAUAUGAAAAGGAAAGUCAAUAAUCGUGUGUGUCACAUCGAUGCGAAAUGCCUUGCCAAAGAAAUUUUGGAAGAUAUCGAAAUGCUUCAACUAUCGAAUUCCAAAGAUCUGUUCCAAUUGGCUUCAUCAUUAUUUUUAAAGAAAUGGAAGAACCUCAAACAAAAAAAUCAGUCAGUUUUGAAUUUCCUUGAUUAUUUUCAAAAAGAAUGGCUGGAAUCAAAUGAUGGUUGGUACGAAGGUGUUCAACUGUAUGUGCCUAGUACAAACAACGCCUUAGAGGCGACCAAUAGGACAAUCAAAGAUGACGGGACAUUUCGAGAACGUCACACUUUAUCUAGAUUUCUGCAAAUAUCUUCAGAUAUUGUGAACAAUUGGUCGAAAGAAAGAGAUCCUUCCUCGAUUAAUGCAAAAUUGUUCGCUACAGAGCCGGAUAUACCAUUAUCGUUAUGGACAUUAUCUUAUCAGUGGGCGAAAUCAACGAAAGAUGUUAUCUGCGUCUCUAACGAUUCUUCUGAAGCUUUUUAUAUACCGGCUCGUGAUUUAACAUAA